AGCUAACGUUGCUUCCUCAAACAUAAAUGAGGAGAGUUGCUCUUGUGACAUCAUGUGUAACUUUGCGUACCUGAACCUGUUACAGCACAGUGUUUGUUUAAUUUUCCUCGCAGUACAACCGUUGUUCAUAUAAACAUAUUGUACCAUAACGUCCCUUUUUUUAAGAGUGAGAACAGAAACACUAGCUGAGCUUUUGACGUGACGUUUUAAAAGUUAAUAGUGAAAUCAGUUCAUCGUUGCGUCCCUAGCUGAAAAGUUGCGGUAAUUUAGCAGAACUGCGUUAUUACAGUCGCAAAAUUGCGAUUUCCUAGAGGGACCGUUACGUACGUUUGAACUAUGUACGUCGGUUUAAAACCGUGUAAUACACUCGUCAUCUCCGUGUAUGUUGCCUGGUUACCGUCAGACAUGGACAGCGUUUUUGUUGUAAGGCGGUUUAGGUUAUUCUGUAUAUGUUUUAUAUAUUAUUUCACAACCUGAAACUAGUUUUAUUAACUAUCAAGUUGAUCAUUGAUGCUGAUACAGUUUGUUUCAUAGGUGGGCUCUAUGCGUGCUUCAUCAGGAGGAGUGAAGGUCAGAGGAUCGUCUUCGUCAGUUCAGUCUCUCCUUCAUUCGUACAGCAGCUCACUGAGGAGACCUCGAGGUCUGGGACGCAGCCUGAGCUCCUACCUGAACCACAGCACCAGACUGGAAAUUGUCCAUGAGGAUGUGAAGAUGAGUUCAGAUGGAGAAAGUGAUCCGGCUUCUUCAUCAGAUGACGUUCAGAGUCCAGUUAGAGUCCGACUGAGGAACAAGAAGAUCUCUACUGAGGACAUCAACAAACGUCUGUCGUUACCGGCUGACAUUCGGCUUCCAGACGAUUACCUGGAGAAGUUUAAUCUGAUUGGUCCAGCUCUGUUUGAGCAGCCAAUCAGCAGGCGGCUGCGCAGAGUCUCUCUGUCGGAGAUCGGUUUUGGGAAACUGGAGACGUACAUCAAACUGGACAAACUGGGAGAGGGGACCUAUGCUACAGUGUAUAAGGGUCGCAGUAAACUGACUGAAAACCUCGUAGCUCUGAAGGAAAUUCGUCUGGAACACGAAGAAGGAGCUCCGUGUACUGCGAUCAGAGAAGUGUCUCUGUUGAAGGAUCUUAAACACGCCAACAUCGUCACGCUUCAUGACAUUAUCCACACGCAGAAAUCCCUCACGUUGGUGUUUGAGUAUCUGGACAAAGAUCUGAAACAGUACCUGGACGACUGUGGAAACACCAUCCAUGUGCACAACGUCAAACUCUUUCUUUACCAGUUGCUGCGAGGUUUGUCCUAUUGUCACCGCAGGAAGGUUCUUCACCGAGACCUGAAGCCCCAAAACCUGCUGAUCAAUGAGCGAGGAGAGCUCAAACUGGCAGACUUUGGUUUGGCCCGAGCGAAGUCGAUCCCUACAAAAACGUACUCUAAUGAGGUGGUGACGCUGUGGUACCGACCGCCGGACAUCCUGCUUGGCAGCACUGACUACUCUACACACAUUGACAUGUGGGGUGUUGGUUGUAUCUUCUAUGAGAUGGCAACAGGUCGACCUCUUUUUCCUGGUUCCACGGUGGAGGAGGAACUUCACUUCAUCUUCAAAUUGCUGGGUACUCCCACGGAGCAGAGCUGGCCUGGGAUCAAUUCUAACGAGGAGUUUGUGACGUACAACUAUCCUCAGUACAGAGCAGAGAGACUGAGUAACCACACGCCCAGGCUCAGCAGUGAAGGAGUGGAGCUGUUGUCAAAAUUCCUGCAGUUUGAAGGGAAGAAAAGGAUUUCAGCAGACGAGUCGAUGAAUCAUCGUUACUUCAGUAACCUUGGAAACAGAGUGCUGACACUUCCUGACACGAUGUCCAUCUUCAGUCUGCCGGAGAUUCAACUAGAAAAAGAAGCUAUCAGACCAACAGUCGCACCUGAUCCAGCGAACAGUCCGACCAGGAGGCGGAGUCUGCUCUUCUGACAUCAUCAGGGAGGCGGAGCCCGCUGAAGACGGGAUGAACAAAGGGAAGAUGAACAGAAAGGAAACGAUGACGAAUGUUUGUUUUUGUGGAAGAGAAACUGAAACGAUUUAUCGAGAGAAGAAGACGACACACACACACACACACACACACACACACACAAACACUAAAACACGUCCUGCUAAACUUUUGGAUGCAAUAAUGAAUCACAGCAGCCAUCUGACCAAUCAGAGAACAGCAUGUUGUUACUACCGGCAACCGGCAGGUGGUUUGGUUUUCAGCGUUCAGAACUUUACGUCAGCGAAUGAAUGAGUGAACGAAUGAAGGGAUGAGUGGCAGCUUCAGACGUUGGGAGUGAUUUCUGUCUUCCAUUUUCACUGCUCAGAUUAAAACUCGUGUUUUUAAAAAAAAAAAAAGACUCCUCGAAGGAUCCUGGGGAAAAAACCUGGAUUUCUGUCAUGCAGCUUCGUUGUCAUGGAAACGUCCCCCGGAAACGCCACAUCAGGAGACAGAUGUUGUGAUGAGUACGGAAACAAACUGAAGGCGGAACGUUCUUCGGUUCUGAUCUGUCGGAGCUGCUGUUCGUGUGUCUCUGAUCGCGUUUCAUUUACAGCACAGUGUUAUUUAUUGUAAAAGGAGCCAUGUUUGUUUAUUCUAAACCAGAGUGAAACUGGUUUCUGCUGUUCUGCAUGUGUGUGUUGUUCAGUCAGACUGUAAUACUGUUAUUGUACACAGUAUUAGUAGUAAAUGUACACAAUAAUACUGUAAAUAUACACUCUUUGUCCAGAUUAUUAGGUACAGCUAGCAUCUGAAGUUUUAGUUAUAUAAGUUAGUCGUAUAAUAAUAACAAUAAGGGACUGUUGUAGUAGUUAGAUGUAGCUAAUAAACUGGACACUGAGUGUAAACACAGUAAUAUAUGCAGUCGUACUGUAAAUCUGCACUAAAACAGCUGCUGUUUUUAAGGAUUUAUUUAUGUUGAAAACUGGAUCGCAGUUUUCUCACUGAGACCAGGAGAGGACGGUGUGAUGUCACCAGAGCGCUGCAGUGACAUCACCGCCCCCUCCUCCUCCCUGAACCACAUGACAUGUCAGAGGAUAGCGGUGGACUCUGAUUGGCCGGUUUUGGUUUAAACACCUCUGAGCAGGUUGGGGUUUUUUUUUUUUGUUUGUUUUUGUUUGUUUUUUCCAUGGAUGUAUAAGAGCUGGAUGGGGC